AUGUUCGUAAUUGACAGCAUAAGCAAACUUCGCGAGAUAUCGGACCACAUCAGGGCCAAGGUGCCCGAUGGUUCCGUCCAAACAGAGAAGAUAGUAUGGCCUAGCAAAGGGCAUGACGCCGAUUGUGGAGAGAAAAACACGGUUCACGUUGACUGUUUUCUCUAUGAUGAUCACGCGUUGCAGGAAAUGAUGAAUGCUGGUAAGAUACAACGGAAGUUUUGUGUCGACUGUGGCUCAAGAAAUGUCAAAGAUUUGAACUUUAUUAGUCACAGCCUAGCACACUGUCAGCUAGAAUUCAUUUUUACCCAGCUUGUACCGCUGAAAUCACAACCAGAAGGUUUCCACGUGUUAGAUAUUGGUUCUCGCCUCGGAGCAGUCAUAUAUGCGGCAUCCUUAUAUGGUUGCGGAAAGAUAUCAGUAACCGGCGUAGAACAAAACGAGGAGUUUGUUAAGCUUCAAAAAGAAGUGAUUCGCAACUUCAAUCUCCAGAACAUAGAAGUCGUCUGCGCAGACGUUCGCGCUCAACCGGAUCUGAUUAGCAAUGCUGACUUAAUCAUUAUGAACAACGUAUUCUCAUUCUUUAUGGAAGCCGACGAACAGGCAGUAUGCUUCGAAUUUAUACAUCAACACGCCAAGGCAGGGUGCUUAUUAAUCCACAAUCCCAAGAUUGAGACGGUUUUAGCUCAUCUGAAGUUGUCUUUCACAGUAGAACAAUGGUUGGAGAAGAUUCCCAUCGACGACGAUUGUGAAAUGUUUGCGAGCGGAGACGCUGACAUACUGGCGGAUUGUGCCACAUUGGGGCUCUAUCGCGUUCUUUAG